AUGCCCUCGCUGGUCACGGUUCGGGCGAGCAACGCAGACUUCGCGCCACACUACCUCCCCGUGGCGCUCUUCGUCGGGGGCACGUCGGGAAUCGGACGAGCCGUCGCCGAAGCGUUCGCCCGCUACACCCACGGCAACGCGCACAUCAUCAUCUGCGGCCGCAACAGCGCAGCGGCAGAAUCCAUCAUCGCGUCCUUCCCGACUCCCACCUCGCCCGACGCAACCCACGAGUUUGUCCACUGCGACGUCUCGUCGAUCAAGAGCGUCGCAGCGACGACGGAGGCCCUGCAGGCGCGUCUCGGUCGACUGAACUUCCUCGUUCUCUCUCCUGGCGUCUUCACCGUAGCGGGGCGCACAGAGACGCCGGAGGGGCUGGACUACAAGCUCGCGCUGCAUUACUAUGGCCGGUGGAAGUUCAUAUACGACCUCAUUCCGUUGCUGCGGAAGGCAAAGUCUUCGUGGGAGGACGCCAAGGUCGUCACGAUAUUCGGCGCGGGGAAGGGCGGGCCAAUAGAUCUCGAAAACCUCGGGCUCGAGACGCGCUACAGCUUCUCCGCCGUCGCCGCCGCGGCGUCGACGUACAACGACUUGAUGGUCGAGUCGUUUGCAGACACGCACCCCGAUAUCGCCUUCACCCACGUCUACCCCGGGGUCGUCCGCACGUCCUACGUGAAGGCGCCGCACUGGGCGUUGAGCCCCUUCUUCGCCGUCGCAUCCCUUCUGAAAUACCCCAUCUCCCUCUCCCCCAAAACCUGUGCCGAAUAUAUAUUGUGGAGCCUGCUGCAAGGAGACAGAGGCGCGUAUCGCAGGAACGAGAGCGGCGAGGACAUCGGGAAGGCGAGGUACUUCGGGUCAGAGGAGGCGAAGACGCGGCUGUGGCAACAUACGGUGCGCGAGAUCGACAGGGCGUUGGAGAGUUGA